CUAACCUUCACAGACAGCUCCAGGAAGUGGGUAACCAGAGAGCAGGUGACCAGCGUUGCCUCCAAUCAGACUCAACCAGCAGCAGAGCAGCAGAGCUCCUCAACACCUCCUUUGUUUGACGAGUAAAACACAUGGAUCCACAAUACUUCUGUGACUAAUAUUAACAUCUGUUGAGGGUCAUAUAAAACCCGGGAGGAAGUGUCAACCAUGUCUGGAAAUCUUGCCCCUCGCUCAAGACAUGUGUCUUCUUCACUGUCGCUCUGUGCAGCCGUCAUGUUGUUUAUCGUGUGUUCGGAUGCUGCAAGAGCCUCAGCCCGUCCCAUAUCAUCACAAGCAAAUAGUGGAGUGAGGCAAAACAUCCUGAGCUCACUGUUUCCCUCAAACGACCAACACCAUCCCCUCUCCACUGGUCGGCUGUCACCUGAAACUGGAACUAGUAGUGGAACUGAGAUGAGCAGGAAAUCUGGAGAAGCUCUAUCAAUCGCCAACCAUCAAUCAAACCCUCCGUGGUAUACAGGAGGCUUCUUUAGUUACAAUCCAAACAGCCCGGACCGGAGACAACAGAGCCGAGGAGGAAUAAUCAGAGCGCAGAGGGGUCACGGCUCAGGUGGAGUGAGGCCGGCGAGCGAGGGUUUCAUCAGUCACCCUGAGCAGAGAGGACAGAGCGCAGAGAGGCCACAAUCCAGAUUACAUUACCAACCGCUCUCUCAGAAAGAAAUGCAAAGUGGAAAUUCGUAUAACUCAAACCCAUCAAUUGUUAGAGUAUCAUCUCAAAAUCUAAUUUGGCAUUCAAAAGAUGCUCCGAAGUCUUACAAUGAAGUAAAAGUUCCCGGAAACGAGGAAAUAUCUUGGGUGUCACAGCCCGGUAUAUAUUGGAGUAAUUCACUGUCAACUCCGAGAGGCCAUCGCGGCGGCUAUAAAGAGACGAAUGAGCUGUCUGCGGUCGGAGUGCAGAGCACAUCCAACGGGAUUCAACCAAGUAAAUUUUUCGGCCCUGCAAGUCAAACCGCCUCUCGUGCACCGUCAGCCGGCAACGCCUUGGACACAUCUGCUUUUAGAAGCAACCCCAGGACAGAAAAAGUGGCCCAGAUGCCGUCCGUCACAGAUUUCUCCCUGCGGCUGAACUCGAUGACCAGCGGCGAUACGUCAAGACCCAAAAUGGUGCAGUCGUAUCUCUUCAAGGACUCCCAGGCCUCAUCUAUGGUAACAGGUGAUGAGCAACAAGCCAUGGCAACGAUGCCACAGAAGCAGAGGGACUACGACGCUCAAGUUCACGGCAGAUUUGCUUCGAAUUUUGUAAAGUUACGCAGAAACGAUCCGAAAGAGGAAGAUAAUGCCAAUCCGCUGCAUCUAGACAAGAACGUGGCUCAGGACAGGGCUCAGAGCCACAGUUUUAGGAAAUAUCAACCCGUCUCCAUCACGUAUCCUCCUGCUCAACCCUCUCUGCAACCCACCUCAGGCAAUGACAGGACUCUGGAGAAGUUUAUCCCGGUUCCUUUCGCUGCUUCCCAGGAUAACUAUGCCACAAGCAGAGAGAAGUAUCCUGCAGGAAGCUCGGUGUUAACUGCAAGAGGGUCUGCACAUGGUUACGAACCAAAUAGAUCCACAAAAAGCAUCUAUGGCCUGAGAGGGUUUAAAAAUCUGAGGUCCAACUCUGGGCGAUACAGCUUCGACAAAGGAAAGGUGUAUAAUAAAUAUCCCUCUUUGUCCUCAGGUCGAAUCCAAGCCGUUUCUCCUCCAAGCCCGUUCACAUCAGGUCUUAAAGACGUCCAACCUCUGCUGCCUGAAAGUGACGCCAGUCCGGACAAGAACCCAGAUCCCACACAGGUCACAAGCCAAGUAAUGUCUGGUUUUACCGCUCGACCACUUGAGGGAGCCAAACCUCCAGUUAGAGAACCAGACAGGCCUGCCAUGAGCUGGCGAGGUGUAGAAAUUGUGAGCUCGCAGACCUGGCAACACAAAAGCAGCAGGGUUAACACAUGGAAGAAUGAUACAGGUGAUUUGGAGGCAGAGAGCAACAGUAUAUCAACACAAAGGCAAAAAGAACAGAGCAGCGAAGAUAUCAAACGUAAAUACGAGCACAGCAGAUUUACACCAGACAAAUACAAAAAGAAACACAGCAUCUACACUUUUAUGGGGUUUCAGUCCCUUCAAGGCAGAGUUGGAAGGGUACACUGGAAUUACACGACUGCGGCACCACCAACUAGCAUAGUUUCCUCAUCUCACCUCCGAUCAGGCCUCCACCUUGAAUCCAGCCCAACAACAGAGCCCAGAACGCAUGACAAAACCAAACCUGUUGCGACGAGGGCGAGGCAGUUCUACAGAAGCCCCAGCAGAAUGGUGAUCGGGAAACGUGUGCGAGCAAAACCCGACGAGAGCCAAAAGCUCAGCGGAUCUUCUUUUCCCGCCAACGAUACUGUGGACAUAGCCAUCGUCAGGCUGCCCAAGCUCCCUGCCAAGGUCAAAGCCCUCACGUUCUAUGAUAUUAUAUUAUAUAUUCUUGGAAUCGUCUCAUUCGGAGGUGAGACCAGGCCGGAGGAAGGCCUGAGUUCCUGGACCUCUGACGACAGAGUGCAGAGCGGGAAGAACACGAGCGGAGGUGCCAAAGAUGAGGUGGAAGAUUUCAGCAGAAUUAAGGAAAAGACACCGGGGUUUCAAAGCCGAGCGUUUGAAGGUGGAAUGCAAACAUUAGAUGUUUUUCUGGAUAACGAAGGAAGUGGAAGCGGGGCCUUUGAUGUGUUUGAUGUUUUGUCUGCUGACCGCCCACAGAGUCAGAGCCUCAGUGAAGAUUUGUUAGAGUUUGACUAGAGAUUAUCUACGAACAGCGACGGGGGAACAUCUCAUUCAAGUCAAUGAAACUGUCCUGACCUGAGAAAUGAUGGAAAAGUGUUGAAAUGUGAUCGACAGUUCAAAUAAAAGCUGGAAAUGUCA